AUCAGUGAAUCUGUUCUGUGCGUUGCAUCGAUCCUUCAAACCGUUUCAGCGACACUGAUCUGCCAUCAGAGAUAGAGAGGUGGGAAAGGCAUCUUGGACGUCCAGAAACUUCCGCUGUACUCCACGACGCAAAGUCCUGUCUCCAAUUCUCCCUCACCAUGCUCCUCUCCCCGCUUCUCUGUCAUGAAUCCCUUUCUCAGCUUGUCGAAUCCGGACCUCAUACUGCGCUUCUCGCAUCACCUCAUGGAUCAGUCGUGGCGAGUGCUCGGCGACCGGAAGGAGAGCGCGACGAGACGAAUGACGACGACGACGAGGAGGAGGAGGAGGAGGAGGAGGAUGAAGGACCGUGGCUAGAUGAGCCUGAGCGGAUGCGUCUGCUUCUAGGUCUCGCUUCGCAAUGGACCACGGACGAAUCACCCAGGAUAGAAUGCGAGCUCGGACGACUCUACAUCCGCUCGAUCCCCUUGGCUCCGGAGGAGACACUGCCUGCAAAUUCUGGCGUUCCUUCCAUUCGUAGUCCAUACAUUGGCAAUUUUCUACUUGUGCUCAAUGGAUCCAGCGAGACACCUUGGACUGUUCUCGCUGACAAGGUAUGAUAAAGUCCUUCAACGAAAGGAACAGAGCGCUCAUGUAACUAGGCCGAAUCAUUCCAUAUCUAGCUAGCAUACCUAGCUAGCUUGAGAAAUCGCUGACACACUCCCAACCUCGUCCGACGCCUUCUUUCCACAAGCUCACUUUACCAUCACCACAGCUCACCGCGAGUAUAUUGCCUGACAAGUCAGUCGAGAGAACACGC